GGGGAUGGAGGACAGGAAGAGGGGGAGCCAGCUCUGGGAGGAGGAGGGGGAAAAGGAGUCUGGUGGCAGCGACUCUCUUGCUUCACCCUCACUGCCGGCCUUCCCAGCUCCAGGCACGAUGCUCCGCGCAGGGCCCCCCAGCCACACCCUCCUCCGCCUCCCCCUACUGCCGCCGCCGCCGCUGCUGCUGCUGCUGGUGCAGGCCGUGGGGAGGGGGCUGGGCCGCGCCAGCCCGGCCGGGGCCCCCCUGGAAGAUGUGGUUAUAGAGAGGUACCACAUCCCCAGGGCCUGUCCCCGGGAGGUGCAGAUGGGGGAUUUUGUCCGCUACCACUACAACGGCACUUUCGAGGAUGGCAAGAAGUUUGACUCGAGCUAUGAUCGCCACACCUUGGUGGCUAUCGUGGUGGGCGUGGGGCGCCUCAUCACUGGCAUGGACCGAGGCCUCAUGGGCAUGUGUGUCAACGAGCGGCGACGCCUUGUUGUGCCUCCGCACCUGGGCUAUGGCAGCAUCGGCGUGGCGGGGCUCAUUCCCCCGGACGCCACCCUCUACUUUGACGUGGUCCUGCUGGAUGUGUGGAACAAGGCGGACACCGUGCAGGUGAGCACCUUGCUGCGCCCACCCCACUGCCCCCGCAUGGUCCAGGACAGUGACUUUGUCCGCUACCACUACAACGGCACGCUGCUGGAUGGCACAGCCUUUGACAACAGCUACAGUAAGGGCGGCACUUAUGACACCUACGUGGGCUCUGGAUGGCUGAUUAAGGGCAUGGACCAGGGGCUGCUGGGCAUGUGUCCAGGAGAGAGAAGGAAGAUCAUCAUCCCUCCAUUCCUGGCCUAUGGCGAGAAAGGCUAUGGGACUGUGAUCCCCUCGCAGGCCUCCCUGGUCUUCCAUGUCCUACUGAUUGAUGUCCACAACCCAAAGGACACCAUCCAGCUGGAGACGCUGGAGCUGCCGCCUGGCUGCGUCCGGAGAGCCGUAGCCGGGGACUUCAUGCGUUACCACUACAACGGCUCCCUGAUGGAUGGCACCCUCUUUGAUUCCAGCUACUCCCGCAACCACACCUACAAUACCUAUGUGGGGCAGGGUUACAUCAUCCCCGGGAUGGACCAGGGGCUACAGGGCUCGUGCAUGGGGGAGCGCCGGAGGAUCACCAUCCCCCCCCACCUCGCCUACGGGGAGAACGGGACUGGAGACAAGAUCCCUGGCUCCGCUGUGCUGAUCUUUGAUGUCCACGUCAUCGACUUCCACAACCCUGCGGAUCCAGUGGAAAUCAAGACACUGUCCCGGCCCGCCGAGACUUGCAACGAGACGGCCAAGCCUGGGGACUUUGUUCGCUACCACUAUAACUGCUCUCUGCUGGAUGGCACCAGGCUCUUCUCCUCCCAUGACUAUGGGGCCCCUCAGGAGGCGACUCUGGGGGCCAACAAGGUGAUCCAAGGCCUGGACAUUGGCCUGCAGGACAUGUGUGUUGGGGAGAGGCGGCAAAUCGUGGUCCCCCCACACCUGGCACACGGAGAGAGCGGAGCCCGGGGGGUCCCUGGCAGUGCGGUGCUGCUGUUUGAGGUGGAGUUGGUGUCCCGAGAGGAUGGGCUGCCCACAGGCUACCUGUUUGUGUGGCACGAGGACCCUCCUGCCAACUUGUUUGAAGACUUGGACCUCAACAAGGAUGGCGAGGUCCCCCUGGAGGAGUUCUCCACCUUCAUCAAGGCUCAAGUCAGUGAAGGCAAAGGACGUCUCCUGCCUGGCCAGGACCCUGAGAAAACCAUAGGAGACAUGUUCCAGAAUCAGGACCGCAACCAGGACGGCAAGAUCACGGGGGAGGAGCUCAAGCUGAAGUCGGAUGAAGAUGGGGAGCGGGUCCAUGAGGAGCUCUGAAGGCCAGAGGCCUGGACCCCAAGGCAAAGGCGCAUGUCUGUGGGGACAGUCACCCUCUCCCCUGCUGGGAUGAGGUCUGGAAGCCUCUAAAAAGUGGCCAGAGGGAACAGCUCUGGUCUUCCCACUGCCUGAGAGUAAAAUCACAGCACAGACCUCCAUUUGAUUUUUCUCUUUCAACCCCAAACCCCUUCCUUAAAAGUUUUGCAAUUAUAAGGUCAGUCUGGGGAUGCGUGGCGUCUGCGGGUUGGCUGGGAUCAUCACCGGCCCCUCACCCAGACCUUCACUCCAUGGCAGCAGACACUGAGCAGGGCCAAGCUCAUCAUUUCUUAAUUUCCCCAAACUCCCCCAAACUCCCCCUUUGUCUGUACUUUCCCCAACCAUCUCCACCCACCCCCUGCCUCCAGCCCCCAGUCCUCUGCCAGCUCUCCAGGAGCACGCUCUCCUCCCUUGGCUCUGACUGGUUCCUAGGGAAGGGGGUGGUUUCAGGAGGGCAGCCCUACCUCACCUGUCCUGGUCCCUUCACCUGUCACAUUCCUCCUCCACCUGUUCCUUCCCCCCAAGGGACAAAGAGAAGAGGGGCUCAUUGGGGGCUGAGGGUGAGAGGGGGUGGGCAGAGCUCUGCACACUCAAAAAGAUUAAACUGGCAUCAGACCCCUUUCUCCUUUGUGCCAAAUAAAAGACUAAACUAAAGCCUUCAGGACAUGGUCUUUCUGUGUGGGGUGGCCCUUAGACCCAAACAUCAGGGAGACAGGGAACCAAGCAGGCUGUCUCCGUGGCUGGUCAGCUUCCGACCCUGUGUCCCUGGGUCUCGGCCUCCUGCCUCCCUGAGGCCCCCUGGGGCAUCACCAUGGAGGGAGGGUGGGGAAGGGGCGUCCACAGAGGACAGGGCCUGUGGGGGAGGU